AGAGAAGUAAGACCCCCGGUAUGAAUGAGAGAGAGAGGACGGCAAGCAAAGCAAGAAAGCAAUUAGAUUGGAUUGGAAGAAGAAAAUAUGGGGAGUGCGAUUCUGAACGCGAUGGUGUUUAUGGCAGUCAUUCCCGCAUUGUGUUGUGCAAACCCCCCAAAAGAUGUGAUAGAUGUGAAAGGAGGCCCGGAGUCUGUUGUGUGGGUGGUUCAGCUUUCCGAUCUCCAUUUCAGUGUCCACCACCCCGACAGAGCAACCGACUUCACCAAACUUGUCGCCCCUGCUCUCUCCAUGAUCAACCCUUCUCUCGUCCUCAUCACUGGUGAUCUCACAGUCUCACGCUUGAAAUCCUGUUUGAAUGCCCAAUCCAAUCCAAUCCAAUCCUGUUUGCGUUUGCUUAUCUUCAUUAGACGGAAAAAGCAAGGAUUUGUUAACAAUGAAACAAAAUGAGGUGGAGUGGGUGGAAUACCAGACUGUAAUGGAACACGUUAUCGAAAGCAGUGGACUUGACAAGAGUAUCUUCUUUGAUCUUAGGGGGAAUCACGAUAACUUUGGUGUACCACUUCUUGGUGGUGCCUUUGAUUUCUUUUCAAAGUAUAGCAUUAAUGGGCAGUUGGGCAGAACUGGGAAUGUCAAUAGUAUUACUCUUCAGACUCGUGACCGGAAGCAUCUCUUUGUUGGAGUUGAUACCACUAUGUCUGUUGGUGUACGAGGCCCAACUAAUCUUUUUGGGCAUCCAACUGAUCAGGUAUUAUCAGAAUUAGAUAUGGAGCUCUCCCACUGGGAUUCUCAAUCAAAAGAUCCAAUAACCAAGAUUUCCUUCGGCCAUUUUCCUCUUUCAUUCUCGGCAACCUCACACUCUGGGAAGAGCCUAAAAGAUAUAUUCCUCAAUCAUUCCAUAUCAGCUUAUAUAUGCGGGCAUCUGCAUGCAAGGUUCGGUAAAAACUUGAAGAGGCACCAUCAGCUUUCAUCUUCGCCGGAAUUUUUCCAGCUUAAUAUACACCAACUAUCUUCUCAGCCUCCUGUUAAUUGUUCGACUGAUGCCCCAACGGCCAAUGAAUUCUGGGAGUGGGAGAUGGGUGACUGGAGGAAGAGCCGAGCCAUGCGAAUUUUGGCCAUUGAUAGAGGUCAUGUUUCAUACGUUGAUGUUGACUUUAAGUUAGGCACCAAGAAAACUAUCAUAUUGCCCACUUUUCCUCUGGACUCACAGCUCAUGUCAACAUCUUCAUUCCGUCAUGAGUAUGAAUGUCGUGCUAUGGGCCCUUUUUCUUAUGAGGCAAUUAGAGCCCUGGUGUUUUCUGUUUCUCCACUUGUGUCAGUUACAGCUAUGAUCUAUGACACAAGACCUGGAUAUCUCAGUAUGGUACUUGAGGCUCCCAUGAUAAAGCUUCAGCAUAACACCUCCAGGGGAGAUCUAUAUAUUGCUCCAUGGAAUUAUAGGGCCUUUGAGGAUCCAUCUCCAGAUAGAUAUUGGUUGCAAAUAGAAGCAACUGACUUCAUGGGAAGAUCAACUUUGAGUGAUUUGAGGCCGUUUUCUAUUAAUGGUCUUAGUACUAAACUUUCAUGGACGUGGAAAGAGUUUAUAGUCAUGGGUUGUCAAUGGGCUGCAUUAUAUUACCCGAUGCUGUGGUCUGCUGUAUAUUUUUUACUCUUGAUUCUCCUUAUUCCAAAAGCUCUCCUCAUUUUCUCAAAUAAGCAUUUUACUUACAAGAAUAAGGGCUUUCUAAAUAUUUUAGGAUGGGUUUCACAGGAGCUUUGUAGGGUUCCCCUCGCAUGGUUUGGUUUAGUAGGAUACUUGUUUUACCUCAUAUUAUUUCCAUGGUUUAUUGGGCAAGUGUUCACUGAUGGCAAGGAUAAAGGAUACAUGACCUAUAUGGGCUGGGUGAUUAAAUCUGUCAAUGAAGAUGGAAAACACGAAUAUGUUGGAUCUCCAGAUGUAAUGGUGGUUGUCCUUCCACACCUCUUGUUUGUAGUCUUUCCUGCUAUUUUGGUCACUGGGGCUUUAGCUGCUGAAAAACAGAUCUAUAGGGAACAUGUUCUUUCACUUUCUGGAAAGAAAGAAGAUGAUCCUGAUCAAGAAGAAAAGAGAUCUUUAUGGUAUGGUAACCGGGGCAGUAGGAAAUCAAAUUCCUGUGUUGGAGAUCGGUGGAUUCGAAAUGUUCUUCUGGUUGUUUGCUUGGCAAUUUGUUGGAAGCAUUUUAUGAAUUGCAGGGCUCUCAUCAAAGCAUACGAGAUGAAUCCCAUUAUCAAUUUUCCAGGAUAUAGCCUCACAAUUCCGCUACUGUUGGCUUAUACUGUCUACAGAACUAGGAGAAAUGUGUAAUAAAAUGCAGGGACGUUGCAGAGAGCAGCAUUGUUGAAAUGUUGUGUAAACCUGAAUGUGUAGGACGCAUUUCAUGCAGACGGACUUGCCUUUAACCUACAAAGUGGCCAAACAAAACAACCGGAAGAACUCUGCUCUGUUGAUUUGCCAAAGUUUGAAGAUUGAAGCAGCCAACGUCUAGGAAUUAAGAAAUUGAAAGUUAGCAUAGCUGCAUGUUCACUGUGACGUUUUACAGUAAAAAAAUAUUUAUUAUUUUUUCCUAACAAAUUCUGUAACUUUUUUUUUUCGGAAAUAUGAGCUGGUGUAACUUUUCUUUAAUGUCAAAGAAAAUAUGUUGUGUUGGCGAAUAUGCUAAUGGUUUGUGUAAAAAGUUGGAUUUUGUUCUUAGGUCUC